AUGCCUCUCUUCAAGUCAUUGCGUUCCAAAUCUUCGUUGAAAUCUUCUUCUGCUUCUAUUUUGAGCGAGAAUGAUAAACCAUCAGAUUUUGGACCACGUUCACCUUCAAAUGCUACUUAUAGCAGCAAGAAAGCAUCAGAUUUCAACAGCAUAAGUCGCAACGGCAACAAAAAUACGUAUGCUUCAGGUCUUCCUUCUUCUCCUUCGGCCGCUUCCGUUCGUACGAAUCAAUCAAACGCCGUUCAAGCUCAACCACCUAAUCUGAUGGAAGUAGUUACGCCUUCGGAAUCAUACAGCAGUAUGCCAAAGCCAAGUGAAUUAUUUGCAGGUAAAGGAGUUCAGUGGGAAACAGUCAAAUUGGCCGGUCCAGGCUCAUCUCCUGCAGUACAGGAACGUAAUACCCAAAAUAAUACCGAAGAUCUUCAAGCAUUCUUGAAACAACGUCGUCAAUGGAAACCAACUUUUGUCACCGAAGAAACGAUUCCUCGUUCUACUGCUCCAACUGAUUUGAACAAACUUUCUUUUACGUCUCCUGAUACAACUUUGAACUCAAAAGGAGGUUUGAUGAGCUUUGAGGAUUUGGAUAAAUCUCAUCAGCGUAAGCAACAGCUCUUGAGCGAUCAUCCACUGGGAGAUAGUUUGUGGGAAUCGCCAGAGACAAGCAAGGCAGGUGCAGCAAAAGCAGGCGCAAGCGAAUCAACAGCAAAGACAGCACCUGCAAGACCGGCAGAAUUGGCGCAAAAGCGCACUUCAAGCUUCAAACUCGGUCGUAAGAAUACGAACCCACCUGCUGCAAGUGCACCUGUAGCCCCUUCCCGUACUUCUUCAACACAACAGGUGAUCAAUUCAACAAAGACUGCUAUUGCCUCAACGGCUGCUACAAAUGAGGCCUCAUCAAACUCUGCUGUGCCAUCGUAUCCCACAGAUUACGCAGCACAGCAAAAGCAGGAUGCCGGCCUGGCAAAAACGGUAGCGCCAGAUAAGAAUGGCUCUGCCAAUUUACCACCUCCGAUCACCUCAACUCCAGCCUCUGAAGGACAUUCGAAUGUGAUCUCUCAGCCAGCAGCAACGACUGUUCAGAAUAGUGAACAUCUAAAAGCAACUGAUGGUCCGGCAAACGAUCCAACUAACGUUCGACAAUCGAUUGAUACUGCAGGUGGAUUUGCAACUCCCGAAGGAAAUUCUAGACCAGUUUCGAGUCAUGAUCUGGCCACUAGUGCCAACUCCAACACCAGCAAUGGCGAUGCUCAGGGUCUAUCCGCUCAAGUUGCUCAUCCCGAAACAGUUGUAGAAGAACCAACGACGCCAACGGUUGCAAAGAUCUCUACCGUACGCUCAGACCUUGAUGCAACGCCAGUGAAGCAAACACCAACAACUGCUGCUGCUGCUGCUGCUGCUAUUCCUACGUCGAAUGCAUAA